AUGACUGCCGGGGUUUGUGGCCACUCGAAUCCAAUCAUUCAAGAGGCUAUCAUUUCCACGGUCUCCCAGACAGGUCUCAAUCUCGGUGCAACAACUGUGACUGAAGCUCAAUUUGCGAAGAAAGUUCGCGACAGAUUUCCGUCAAUGGAGAGUCUCCGUUUCUGUAAUUCGGGCACCGAAGCUAAUCUGUAUGCGCUCAGUAUUGUGCGUCGUGUGACCGGGUUAUCCAAGAUUAUUGUGUUCAGCGGCGCAUAUCAUGGCGGCGUCCUGACAUUCGUUCAUGGAGUAGCUAAAAAUAACGUCAACCAAGAUGAUUGGAUCAUAGGGAAAUACAACGAUGUUGAAAGUGUGCGAGAAUUAAUAGCGAGGAAUAAGGGGAAAGCCGCCGCGGUGCUCGUGGAAGGCAUGCAAGGUGCAGGAGGCUGUAUACCUGGAACUUCUGCGUUUCUACAUGCCAUCCAGAUUGCAUCCAGAGAAAAUGGCAUGUUAUUCAUCUUGGAUGAAGUCAUGACCUCUCGACUGGCCCCAGGCGGCAUUCAAUCCAGGUUGCUCAGCCCCUACGACGGGACGCCCCUCAAGCCUGACUUGACAACCUUGGGCAAAUACUUAGCAGGCGGGAUGACGAUCGGAGCUUUUGGUGGGCGCAAAGACUUCUUGGCGGUCUAUGAUCCUCGACCGGCUCCCGAGUCGCAAACAUCAGCGCAUCAUGUCCCGCCAAUCAGUCACUCUGGCACGUUCAACAACAACACUUUAGCCAUGAAUGUCGGUCUGGCUGCUAUAACUUCAGUCUAUACACCAGAUGUUUGCACGCAACUCAACACAUUAGGCGACUGGCUCCGGCAGAGUCUCUUUGAUAUAUUUCGAGGCACUCGAAUGGCAAUCACCGGGGUCGGAGCAGUGUGUAACAUUCAUCUUACUGCUCAUCCAGACCAGGAGAUUCUAUGUGUUGAAGAUUUGGAAACCGAAACGUCCGAAACCGACACAGUACUGAGAGAUAUUUUCUGGUUCUAUGCAAUCCAGAGGGGAUUUUGGCUGGCUCGGCGUGGUAUGUUAGCAUUGAUUGUAGGGACUACAAAGGCCGAGCUUCAGGGAUUCCUAGACAUGGCAGAUAGCUUUGUACGAAAAUUUCAGGACUUCCUCGUGUAA